AUAAUAAUUUACAGGUCUUUUGUCAAAUUCAAAAUUUUCCAGGUUCAUGAACCUUUUUUUUUAUCUCAAUCUACUCUCUCUAUAUAUAAAUAUAACAAAACCUCUUUAUUUUUCAUUCACACCAGACAUUUUGAAAUCUCAACAAGAACCAAACCAAACAAAAAAAAAACAUUCUUACUAAAUAUCUCUCUGUUAUGUCGAUGACGGCGGAAUCUCAAUCCGACUACGCUUUUCUUGAGUCGAUAAGGCGACACUUACUAGGAGAAUCGGAGGCGCGACUCAGUGAGUCGAUAGCGAGUUCGGUGGCGCAAUCUUGUACGACAGGUAACAGUGUUAAACCAGUGUACGGACGAAACCCUAGCUUCAGCAAGUUGUAUCCUUGCUUCACCGAGAGCUGGGGAGAUUUGCCGUUGAAAGAAAACGAUUCUGAGGAUAUGUUAGUUUACGGUAUCCUCAACGACGCUUUUCACGGCGGUUGGGAACCGUCUUCUUCAUCUUCCGACGAAGAUCAUAGCUCUUUUCCGGUGGUAAAGAUCGAGACUCCUGAGAUUUUCGCGGCGGUGGAUUCUGUUCCGGUGAAGAAGGAGACGACGAGUCCGGUUCCGGCGGCGAAGGGAAAGCAUUAUAGAGGAGUGAGACAAAGGCCGUGGGGGAAAUUUGCGGCGGAGAUUAGAGAUCCGGCGAAGAACGGAGCUAGGGUUUGGUUAGGGACGUUUGAGACGGCGGAGGACGCGGCGUUGGCUUACGACAGAGCUGCUUUCAGGAUGCGUGGUUCCCGUGCUUUGUUGAAUUUUCCGUUGAGAGUUAAUUCAGGAGAACCCGACCCGGUUCGGAUCAAGUCCAAGAGAUCUUCUUCUUCUCCUUCUUCCGAAAACGGAGCUCCGAAGAAGAGAAGAAUGGUGGCCGCCGGUGGUGGGACGGAUAAGGGAUUGACGGUGAAGUGCGAGGUUGUUGAAGUGACACGUGGCGAUCAUUUAUUGGUUUUAUAAUUUUGAUUUUUCUUUGCUGGAUUAUGAUUCUUCAAAAAAGGAAGAACGUUAAUAAGAAAUUCGUUUAUUAUUAUAUUUAACUUCCUAAUCAUUCCAUUUAGUAGUGGGAUCAAACUUUUUUCUGAAGGAAACUUUUAGUAGAAAACAAAUCAUUCCCAUUGCAAGUGGGAUAAAAAAAAAAAAAAAUUGUUUAUGAAAAUCAUAAUUUGUUAGAAAA